AUGAGGGCGGUCCAGCGAGACUAUGUUUCGGACCCGGGCCUAGCCCACGGGCGGCCGGAAUGGUUCUGGACGGGCAGGGCGCCUGACGCGCCGACGCCGGGGGUGCUGGCCGACGGGACGAUGACGUCGAUCAGGAUGCCCAACCUCAACGAGUGUACCAAGCAGGGCGUGCUGGACUACUUCGACAACACGUGGUGCCUGACCGAGGUGCUGUUCUCCUCGCUGCAAGGUGAGGAGGCCUUCUACCGCCUGCCGUACCACAACCUGCGCCACCCCAUGAUCUUUUACUACGGCCACCCUGCGGCCCUGUACAUCAACAAGCUGCGAGUGGCGGGCCUGCUGAAGGAUCCCGUCAACACUUACUACGAACACAUUUUCGAGACUGGUGUGGACGAGAUGUCGUGGGAUGACAUGUCGAAGAACGAAAUGGAAUGGCCUCCCGUUGCAGAGGUCACGGAAUAUCGCAGGAAGGUGUACAGAAUAGUUCAUAGAGUUAUAGAGGACUGGCCCUUCGAGACACCGACUUCGUGGGAAUGUCCUAUGUGGUCAGUCUUCAUGGGCAUGGAGCAUGAGCGCAUCCAUUUAGAGACUUCCUCAAUGUUGUUGAGGGAGCUGCCCUUGCGCCUGCUGAAGAGGCCACAAGCGUGGCCUGCCUACCACCCCGCUCUGAUGGACUCUGCCAACAGGAAGUCGCCUGUGAACAAGUUCAUCGAGUGCCCCACUGGGGAUGUGACCUUGGGGAAGGCACAUGACUGGCCGACGUUCGGGUGGGACAAUGAGUACGGCCAGCGCGAGUUUUGCGUGAAGGACUUUUCAGCAACGGCAUUGCUUAUAAGCAAUGGCGAAUUUUUGGAAUUUGUUCGAGAGGGCGGCUACAGCACGUCCUCCUAUUGGUCUGAGCAAGGCUGGAAGUGGAGAUCGUUCAGAAACGCAAAGUGGCCAACAUUCUGGGAGCCAGUGGGACCAGCAGGACUGCAUCAGUACAUGCUUCGCCUUCUGUUCGAAACUGUCGAGUUGCCGCUGGCCGCACCAGCCGUUGUUAAUCACCACGAGGCGAAGGCCUACUGCGGCUGGCUGUCAGCCAAAGAGGGCCUGACAGGACAUGCUGCCUAUCGCCUCCUGACUGAACCAGAGUACUACAGAUUGCUUGAGGUCGCGAAACGAGACAGCGUGGGUCGCAUAGCAGAGGAUCCAGUCAUGGAGCAGAGCGGAGAUGAGAUGAGGCAGACCCGUAAUGUCAACCUGGCCUAUGGGGCCGAAAGCCCUGUGGACGCCUUUGCUCCAACCAAGAUGGGCUUCCAUGAUGUGUCAGGCAAUGUGUGGCAGUGGUGUGAGGACAACUUUGCUGCUCUGCCCAACAGCUGGGGAGUGCAUACAAUGUACGACGACUUCAGCACUCCCUGCUACGACGGCCAACACAACAUUAUCCAGGGUGGCUCAUUCAUCAGCACAGGCGACUUGGCCAGCUUUUUCGCUCGGUACCACUUCCGUCCACAUUUUUUUCAGCACGCGGGAUUCAGGGUUGUCAAGGGGAAUGGGCCACCACAGAUGUCGCACAUCGACUCACCUCCUCCACAUGUUGGGAAUUGGAAUCCAACAAGCACCCCUGUGGCUGACGGGGACACUGGCAAAGAUGAGCUGCUGGGCCGCGAGGUGUUGACUCAUUUCGUCGAUGAGGUGCGCGGCAGGCCCCUGGGCACCCAGCUGCAGGCACACAGGGGUGCGUUUGCACGGGAGUAUGUGCGGGAGGUGCUGGAGGGCACUGACGUUAAGACAGGCAGCGCCCUUGAGAUCGGGUGCUCAGUGGGGGCGGUGUGCUUCGAGCUUGCCAGACACUUCAAGCAGGUUGUUGGGCUGGAUCUGGAGGGGGAGCACGUUCAGGUGGCCAAGAAGCUGCAGCAGGAUGAUGAGAUCACGGUUGUCAGGAAGGUGGAGGGCAAGGUUACUGACACCGUUCGUGUGAAGCUCCCGCUGAAGCGCGACAUCAAAUCUCGCGUCGUUUUCCGCCACAUGGACCCCUGUGGCAUCGCCCCAGACAUCGGCGAAUUCGACGUGGUGCUGAUCACCAACAUCCUGGAGCGCAUCGCGAGCCCCAAGGCGCCCCUGCUGCGCAUGGGCGGGGCGUGCCCCAUCGUGAAGCGGGGCGGCGUCGUUGUGGUGGCCUCCACGUGCGACUGGAAGGAGAGGGUGUCCAGCAGCCAGCUGUGGCUCAGCGGCACUGAGGACCAGAAUGGGGAGAAGAAGCAGCUCUCGUCCUCCCUCCAAGCUGCGCUUGGCGACGAGUUCAAGCUCAUGAAAGAGACCGACAUCCCCCUCCUGGUUCCGGAGCAGGGGCGCAAGUACCAGCUGUACAUGUCCAACGUCACUAUUUGGAAGUACGGGAGCGCGUAG